CUCCUUCCAAGAGCGUGUAGAAAUGGGUUAACGUGUAUCGCUGUUUUAAUGUAUUUUGGAAACUGAAAGUUUUCAAGAAAAAUUCGUGCUUCCGCGCCGAUUUCGCGAGGACGAUAUUUUCAUCUUGGGAUUAGCUGUUAUUGUCGGUUUAUUAAGACGGGAAUUGAAUGUUCGGCCGACAUUAAAUUCGAAGAUAAAUGUUGCCGAACGCAUCAAACGCUGUGAUUCUUUUUGUAUUUGAUAACGAGCUUUUAAGUAUAACAUAAGUGUUAGGAUUUAUUGUUAGUAUUCAGGUUUAUUUUUAUUUUAUUUUUAAAGAAAUCGUUAAAAUGUCUGUCACCUACGCUCAACGAGGUAGACCACCUCCUACGCCAGCCCAAAUCCAAAAAAUGUUGGAUGAAAACAGUCAUCUUAUUCAAACGAUACAAGAAUUUCAAAGUAAAGGAAAAUCUCAAGAGUGCAUGCAGUAUCAGCAAAUACUGCAUAGAAAUUUAGUUUAUUUAGCAUCUAUUGCGGAUGCCAAUCAAAACAUUCAAGCGCUACUUCCUGCACCUCAAGGUAUAUCUAAUGGACCACAACACAAUAUGAUGGCACUUCAAGGCCCACCAAAUGUUUCUGCUUCAGCUGGCCCUGGAGGAGAAAUUCCUCCCAAUACCCAACAAACAUUACCAAUGUCUGGUUUUAAUCAGGGACAGCCCAUGCCGCAAGCAGGCUACCGAGGACCUGUUAUGCCUGGUCAAGGACCAGCUAUGAAUCGACCACCAGCUGGCCCUGGACCUCAACAAUAUAGAGGCAAUCAACAAGGAUAUCCACCGCAACAGCCACCUCAACAAGGUUAUCAUCCACCUUACAGUAAUCAAGGACCAACAGGAAAUUAUCAAGGACCACAAGGGAAUAAUUACGUGCCUGGUCAACCAAAUCAAUAUGGACCACCAAAUGCACCUCAACAACAGGGCUAUUCUGCAUCCAAUCAACCAAACUAUGGACCUCCUCCGACUACCGUAAAUAACUACGGACCUCAACCGGGUGGUUAUCCACCUCCCACUACGAAUCAACCUCCUACGGGAUAUGGGCCUCCGCCUCCAAAUCAGCAAGGGUAUCCACCUUCUAAUGCUUCUCAGCAAAACUUUCCAUCAACAGGACAGCAACAGCAGCCUGGCCAAUAUGGAAGUCCAAGUCCACAACCAAACUAUCAGCAACCCCCUGCGCAAGCUCCACCACCACAAAAUGCAUAUAAUCCAAAUCCUCAAUCUGGAAACUAUCCUCCACCAUCGUCGCAAGGAUACUCGAAUAAUGUUCCGCCUCAGCAACAAUAUCCACCCCCACCUACGUCGAAUGCUCAACCACCUCAACCUGCACCUCAGGCUCCCCAAUCGGGUCCGCCACAACCUAAUUACGGUAGUCAACCAAGUCCAGGUCCUGGUAGCGGACCAACCCAGUAUGGACCAACAUCUACCGCACCUCCAUUUAGCGGUGCAGCAGCGAGCGGUGCCAAUACUUAUGCUCAAAGUAGUCAGCCCACGUGCACACCAUCUGCUUCUACUCAAACUUGUACCCCAAAUAAUCCACCUCCACCAACGUCUCAACAAGGGAAUUACCCUCAGCCAACGCCACCACCAAAUUGGGGUACUCCCGUCCAGUCCUCGCAUCAACCACCACAUCCACCGCCUCAUCAUCCACCUCAUCCACCUCCACAUCAGCCACCUCAUCAGUCUUCUCAUCCAUCCCAUCAACAACCUUCACCACAUCCAUCGCAUCAGCAACCAUCUCCGCAUCCACCGCAUCAACAACAUCAGCCACCUCCACCUCAUCAAUCUCCUCAUCCAUCUCCGCACCAAUCCCCGCAGCAGGCCCCUCCUUCUCAAACUCCACCACAACCACAACAGCAACAACAGUCACCUAGUCCUGCACCAACAAGCUUUCAACCUUCCGCUGGGCCACCGCAAGGACCCGGAGGGCCACCGCAACCUCAGCCUCCAAAUGCCUAUGGCCCACCACCCCAAUCCCAUCCCGCAACUACGCAAACCUAUGUUCCCCCGGCACCUGGUGGUCAACCACAAGUUUAUCCACCCCAUCCUCCUCAACCAAGUCAGCAUUACGGUCAUCCACAGUAUCCUCCACAGAAUUAUCCGCCACCAUCCGCUGGUCAAGGAUAUGGUCAAUAUCCACCACGACCACCGGCUGGUCACAUGCCUCCACCUCCAGGCCCCCAAGGUCCUCCUCCUAAUCAAUAUGCUGGCUAUGGUUACCAGCCACCUCCACAAUAAAAAAGGAGAAUUGUACUUGUGCGAUUUAAUAUUAAACUAAUUUUACUUUUAUGAAAUAAGGA